AUGGGUGUGAAGCCAAGCUUAAUCUUCUCAGUUAAUGUCCUGAGUGACAAGGAAGCCGAGACCUUGUUCAAGAAAAGGGCUGGAAUUGUCGACAAAAAUUUUGAACUUGGAAAAAUAGCAGCUGAGAUCACCAAAAAAUGUCAUGGUUUGCCCAUGUCAAUAGUUACGACAGCAAAGGCAUUGAAAAAUCAGAGCCCCUCAGUUUGGGAGGAUACUCGUCUGAAGCUUCAUAGGCAAAGUCUAACAGGAACACCUGAGUAUUCUACAAGGUUGAGUUAUAAUCUUCUAGAAAAUGAGGAGCUCAAGCUUACCUUCUUGCUUUGUGCUAGUAUGGGUCACGAUGCUUUAAUUGCAGACUUGGUGAAACGCUGCAUUGGUUUGGGUUUUCUCCAAGACAUCUAUACAGUAAGGGAGGCCAGAGAUAGAGUACAAUCGUUGCUUGUGAAGUUAAAACAAUCAGGUUUAUUGUCUGACAGCUAUUCAAGUGAUCAUUUCUCUAUGCAAAAUCUUGUUCGCAAUGCUGCUUUGUCAAUAGCAUCCGCGGACAACCAUGUGUUCAGAUUGACAAAAGGAAAACUAGAUGAAUGGCCUGAUGAGGACAAACUUGAAAAGUACACUGAUAUUUUCUUACAACAUUGUGAUUUCAUUGAGGAGUUUCCUAGAAGAAUAAGAUGCCCCAGGGUUAGAGUGUUUCAUAUUGACAAUAAUGAUCCACAUUUGAAAAUACCAGAUAACUUUUUCCAAGAAAUGAAAGAACUCAGAGUGUUGAUUUUGACUGGCAUCCAUCUCUUACCGUUGCCCUCAUCAAUUGGAUACCUAACAAAACUCAGAAUGCUCUGUUUGGAGCACUGCAAAAUAGAUGAGAAAAGUUUGUGCAUCAUUGGAGAGUUGAAGAAUCUAAGAAUUCUUAGCUUUUCAGGAUCUGAGAUUGAAAGCUUGCCUGUUGAGUUGAAGAACUUGUCUAAGCUACAAAUCUUUGACAUAAGCAAUUGCACCAAACUUGGUGGUAUUCCGCCCAAGGUAAUAUCAAGUAUGACCAGACUGGAGGAGUUGUAUAUGAGAAACACUUCAAUUCAAUGGAAGAUUAAUGAAGAACAGGAAAACCAGAGUGAAAUUGCUAGUUUAUCUGAGUUGGGGCAUCUGAAUCAACUAUCAAAUUUAGACCUUCAAAUCCCAAGUGCUGCCCAUCUUCCCAAGAAUUUGUUCUUUGACAGGCUGCAAAACUACAAGAUCAUUGUUGGCUCUUCUGAGAGAUAUUCAAAGCAAGAAUUCAAGAUGCCAGAAAAGUAUGAACUGGUGCGCUUCUUGGCAAUACAGCAAAAAUAUGGCUUUGACAUUCAUUCUCAGAACGAGAUCAAGAUGUUGUUUGAAAGAGUUGAAAAUCUUCUGUUGGAAAAAUUCAAUGGCGUUCAAGAUCUUUUUUAUGAGUUGAAUUUAAAAGGAUUUCCCUGUCUUAAAGAGUUGUUCAUUGUAAGCAAUUCUGACAUUUGCUCCCUCAUCAACCCAAAAGACAGGAAGCGUCCUGAGAUGGCUUUCCCUAAAUUAGAGUUACUGGAUCUCUAUAAGCUCAAGAACAUGAAGGAGAUAUGCUCAUCAUCUUGUGAACUUUCAAAACCUUCCUUUGGUAAACUGAAAAUCAUCAAGAUCAUGCUUUGCAGUGCAUUGAAGAAUGUCUUUCAAAUCUCUCUGGUUGGAUUUCUAACCGCACUUGAAACAAUUGAAGUUUCUGAAUGUAGCUCUUUGAAGGAGAUUGUCCACGUAGAGAAUACAAGUCAAAUUGGAACUCUUGGGUUUCCUGAACUACGUCAUUUGUCUCUACGAUCUCUGGUUGAAUUUGUUGGAUUUGAUCCCAUUUUGCUUGAAGAUUCUAGAAUACUAUUCCACGGAAGGGUUGGAGUUACCAAAUUGGAAAGGUUGGAGUUGUCGGCUAUCCAAAUUGACUGUAUAUGGAAUGAUGGCCAAAGCUCUCAUUUUGGAAAUUUGAUACAUCUGGACGUGAAUAAUUGUGGCAAUUUAAAAUAUUUAUUGUCAUUAUCUGUAGCCAAGGGUUUAGUGAAUCUUCAGAGCCUUUUCAUUAGUGAAUGUGAGCAGAUGAGAUGCAUCUUUAACCAAGAGCAAUGUCGGGAUAGUAGUAAGAAGGAUAGCAUCUUUCCAAAGUUGAAGAAUAUCAAAUUGAGUAGCAUGAAGAGGUUGAGUGAAAUAUGGAGUUCUGGAGUCCGCAAAGAUUCCUUUGGCAAGUUGGACACUCUAAUCAUUGAGAAGUGCGACAAAUUAGUGAAUGUGUUUCCAAGUUACUUGGUGGGAAUAUUUCGGAGCCUAAGUAGUUUGAGGGUUACUAGUUGCAAUUCAAUGGAAGCUAUAUUUGACCUAGCUUUUAAAAACAAAUAUGCUAAGUAUGUAAGCCGUUUGCAAGAAGUUCAUUUGGAAACACUCCCAAAACUGGAACAUGUAUUGAGAUGGAGGGAAAAUCAAGAAGGGAUUUUUUACUUCAACCAUCUGCAAAAGAUGUAUGUUCAAGAUUGUGAAAACUUGGAAAAUAUGUUUCCAGUUUUUGUGGCCGAGAAUCUGGAAAAUCUUGAAUACCUUGUGGUAUUGGAUUGCAUUCGGCUGAGGGAAAUUGUGGCUAAGGGAGAGGAAGAAGAUAUAAAAAGAGGCAGAGAAUUUAAACUUCCCAAACUAACCACUCUCAAUUUUUCAAAAUUGCCAAAGUUCAAGAGUUUCUAUCCAGGAGUUAAUGGAUUAAGUUGUCCACUGUUGAAUGAGCUAUCUAUUGAACUUUGUGACAACCUAGAAUUAUUCACAGAAGAAAAAGUAGAUGCAUCAUCUGGAAAAGAGAGAAUCCUUUUCCCUGAAGAGGUAAUCAAUAAUUUGAAGUCCAUGCAAAUUGAGUGGCAGCAUGCAAAGUCGUCAACUCGUUAUCGAAGAGACAACUUAGAAGAGCUUCGCUUAUCAAGAUUAAAGAAAACUGAAGUUAUAUAUUCUUUCCUGCAUAGCAAUCCUAAUCUGAAAAGCUUAUGGUUGAAUGAUUGUUCCUUCAAAGUUUUGAUGCCUCUUGAAAAGCCAGCCAAUUUUGAAAGUUUAGGUGUUGUUCCAAAAUUGAAAAGCUUGAAGUUAACGAACUUAUCUAGGCUUGAGAAGAUUGGCUUUGAACAAGAUGCAAUUCUUCAAAGGAUAGAGUUCUUGAUCUUAAAGAAUUGUCAUGGGUUGAGCACCAUAGCGCUGUCAUCUGUAUCUCUCGCGUACUUGACAAAUCUAGAAGUAGUUGAUUGUCAAGGGCUGAAAUAUUUAAUGUCACUACCAACUGCUAGAAGCUUGAGUCAACUCAAUGUCAUGAAGGUAAUUGAUUGUAAAUCUCUCACGGAAAUUGUAUCGGAGCAAGGGAAAGAAGAAGAAAAUGCAUUAUGUGAGGUCAACAUUCUUUUCAAACAAUUGAAAACUCUAGAACUUGUCUCUCUGAAGAGCCUAGAAAGCUUUUGCAACUCCGAGAGUUGUGUGUUUGAGUUCCCAUCAUUGGAGAAAUUGGUGGUGAGUGCUUGUCCCAAAAUGGAAAGUUUCUGUCGAGAAGUCAAGAGCACACCAAUUCUGCAGAAGAUAUAUGUUGUGCAUGAUAAAGAGAAAAAGAGAUGGUGCUGGAAUGGCCAUCUACAAGCUACAAUACAAGACAUGUUCAAGAACAAGAAAUAUUUUGAAGGCAUGGACGAGAUAAGUGUUCAUGAACAUCCAUACCUACAAGAAGUCUGGCAAGGUGGUAAAAAUGAUCUGCAAAAAGAUUGGUUUUACAAUUUGGAAUCUUUGACCUUGAGUGGGAUUGAAUUUGAAUUAUAUGCAAUUCCAUCUAAUGUUCUUUGUUGCCUGAAGAGACUAAAAGAACUUACUGUGCGUGAUUGCGACAAAAUAAAAUCCAUCUUUGAGAUGAAUGACACCGUGUUUAGGGGAACAUUCCAAUUAAAGAAGUUGUAUUUAGACUGGCUACCGAAUAUGACACAUGUGUGGGAAAUGGAUAAUCAAGGAAUUUCCUGCUUUCAAAAUCUGCAAGAAGUGAUUGUUGAGUCAUGUGACAAAUUGGAAACACUAUUCCCUACAGCUCUGGCCAGGGAUCUUAGGAUGCUCGAGCAGCUUGAUGUAAGUUUCUGCGAUGAGUUGCUAGAAAUUGUUGGAAGGGAAGAUGGAGAGAAAGAGAAAAGGGAAGCAGAAGAAGGCACUACAGGAAAGAGUUUGUUUCCUCGAUUAACAAAGCUGAAACUAAAUAUAUUGCCGCAGCUCACUUGCUUUUGCUCUACAACGUUCACUCUGGGUUGCCCCGAGUUACACGUAUUAGACGUGAUUGGCUGUAAUAAGUUGCAGCUAUUUCAGGGUCAGCUAAAAGCAGAAGAUAGUACUUCAAUUACCAUACAUCCCACUUUCUCGAGCAUACAGGUUAUUUCUGAGGUGGAGCAUUUGUGUCUUAAUUGGAAAGACACUUCGGUGUUAUGUUCAUUGUUAAGUCAAGUUGCAGAUGAUGUAAAACUUCAAUAUUUAAAUGUGCUCGAGUUAUACUUAGAUGAUGAUGUGAAUGAGAAGUCCACUUUGCCUUUGCAACUGCUUGAGAAGACACCCAAUUUAGAAAAAUUGGAAAUAUACUAUUGUAUUAUCCAGGAGAUAUUCUCUCAAUUAGAUACUCCCAAAAUCAUCAAUAGUAAUGGGACUCUUGGAAACUUGAAACAGUUGCAUCUGUUUGAUUUAUCUGAACUGAGCUCCAUUAGUGGUUUAGAGCACCUGCCAAAGCUACAGUUACUAUAUGUUUCUGAAUGUCCAAGUUUGACAUCAUUAGUAGUGCAAUCUGGCUCCAAUCUGAAAGAACUGAAAAUAAGCAGGUGUCAUAGAUUAGCAUGUUUAUUCACAUCCCGAACAGCAAGAAUGUUAAAAAACCUCAAGGAGAUGUGUAUUUACAGUUGCGAAUCAAUGAAAGAAAUCGUGGGAGAUGAGCAAGAUGAGACACAGGAGAAUCAAGAGAUCAAAUUUGAGCGACUAGAGAGGAUAAGACUUGAAGAUUUGGAAAGCCUGGAUUGCUUUUAUCCAGGCAAUGCUACUCUGCAGUUACCCUCUUUGAUUCAGGUGGAGAUACUAGAGUGCCCCAAGGUGAAAAUUUUCUCUCGUGGUCCGAUAAAUGCAGAAUCCUUUAGAGGAAUUCGAUAUUCUUACUACCAAGAUGAUGAUUUGGUCUUCCACAGUGAUCUUAACUCCAGCAUAGGAAGGUUGUUCUUGUAUCAGGGACAUUUAGCUCUUGGUGAUUUUCCACAGCUGGAAGAGAUAUGGCUUGGUGCACAGGAGAUUCCAAGUGACUUUUCUUUCAGCAAAUUGAAAUCUUUGAAGGUGGAAGGAUGUGAAUUUUUAUCUGAUGCAGUACUGUCAUCUCAUUUAUUUCCUCUGCUAGAAAAUUUGGAAGAGUUGUGCGUACAAAAAUGUGAUCGUGUCAAGGCAAUAUUUGAUUUGAAGGAUACAUCAACUCGUGAUCCAAACAUGAUUGUUACACUUGGAUUGAAGACACUGAUUUUGAAGCAGUUGCCAACUCUGAGGCAUGUUUGGAACAAGGAUCCUGAAGGAUAUCUCAGUCUUCCAUCUCUCUGCAAAGUUAUUGUUGAUGAAUGUAAAAGUAUAAAGACUUUGCUCCCGUCAUCAAAUACCGAAAAAGAAGAACCAUGUGCAAUCUCAUUUACUUUCGUUCUUAAGUAAG